GGGGGAUUGCAGGGCUUUGCACUUACCCAAGCCAUUCACAGGCUCAGCAUCGCACAGUUGAUUCAGCACCUUGCUAAUAGCGCACACAUUAACUGCAGCGCAGAUCAGAGGAGGAGUGCAGUUAUGAGAGGGAGGGGGGGACAUCUGUGUUGAGCAAAUGUGUGCAUGGUGCGUCUAGUGUGUGUGUUUGUGGGAGAAAGGGAAAUAGAGGCAGUGAGCGCAGGAGGGAGAGAAGGAGCGGACGUGUGAGGAAGGAUGGAUGCUCAUGUUUGAACAGCCUCACCUGCCCAAAAAGGAGGCAAACAAAUUCAGCAGAGCCUGACAAAACGCUCCAGAGGAAAGGAUUUGUUUAUCAUUUGCCAAAAAAAGAAGAAGAAGGAAAAAAAAAGAUUUGGCAAUGCCUGCUGAAGUGAAGGAGGAUCAAAGUCUGGAGGAGCUGCCUCCAUUCACUCCAUCACACAAGGCAAAAGAGUCAAACCAGGAAAACCCGACCGCUACAGAUGAACUGGACACGCCCACUUCCAUCGCUUCGGUGAUGACCUCCACCAACGAAAGCUCCACAGAAACUGACACUCCACACCAGACAGACACCGAGGAUUCCAAAGUGUUGGAGCAAGAGAGUGAAAAGACCCCGAGUGAGACGCAAGAAAACCCAGAGAGCGUCCAUGCUCCAGGAAAAUCUCAUUCUGCGUUACUUUCUGAGGCUCCGGAAAACGCUUCCACUCAGCAGCCUGCGUCCGAGCCAAAUGCUGAGGCCUGUGAAUCUGUCACACCGACCACAACAGCCACCGGCGCCGCCACAACAAACCCACAACCUCAGCAAGUGGUGCCGGCUGCUGAGUCCCCCACAGACGCCCACAGCAGAGUGUACACCCUCCCCGACGCCUUCAGGGGCGUACGAAGUGACCUUUAUCCAGGAUAUGGAAGUCUUUCUCGCUUCAGCCUCCAUGGCUACCUGCCCACCAAAAACUUCCAGCCCGGCGCUCACUACACCCUCCCCUUCCUCAGAGACAGCUACACCCCGACGUGCAUGAGUAACCAAACGGAGGAGGACAGAGAGAACCUGCUGGACAAGAAAAGCGACGACUCAGCUGCCGGUUACCAAACGUUGGGAGGAAUCCACCAGUUUAGGCCCAUUACCACCAUGGAGCUGUUCAGGGAGCCCUCCAGGACCAGAAGUGGCUACGAUGAGGCCUUCAUGGCCCAGCUGGAAGGCACCCUGAACCCUUUCUUCCAGGCCAUGUGCCGCGCACAGACUCUGCAGAUACCCCACAAGCGCAGCAGCAUGGUGAGCCUGGACAGCAUUCGAAGAGACCCCCGCUGGCGAGACCCCAACCUACACGAAGUGAUCUCAAUGCUCAGCCACCCCCUGGACCCCGUCAAGUCCAACGCGGCGGCCUACCUGCAGCACCUGUGUUACGAGAACGACAGGAUCAAGCAGGAGGUCCGGCAGCUGAACGGGGUUCCCAUUUUAGUGGCGUUGCUGGACCAUCCUAAGGCUGAGGUCCAUCGCAAGGCCUGUGGGGCAUUGCGCAACAUAUCAUAUGGGAAGGACCACAACAACAAAAUAGCCAUCAAGAACUGUGGUGGCAUCCAAGCUUUAGUCCGACUGCUGAGGAAGUCCAGCAGCAUGGAGGUCAAAGAGUUAGCCACAGGGACUCUGUGGAACCUUUCCUCGCACGAGCCUCUCAAGAUGCUGGUCAUCAACCAGGGACUCCAAACGCUGACGGAUGAAAUCAUCAUCCCACACUCAGGCUGGAGGAGGAGAGACUCGGCCGACCCCUCAAAGCUGCAGAGCGCCGAGUGGACCACCGUCUUUAAGAACACAUCUGGAUGUCUGAGGAACGUCAGCUCGGACGGGGCAGAAGCUCGACAGAGACUGAGGGAGUGUGAGGGGCUGGUGGCAGCGCUCCUUCAUGCCCUGCAGUCAGCCGUCAUCAACAAGGACACAGACAACAAGUCGGUGGAGAACUGCGUCUGCAUCCUCCGAAAUCUGUCCUAUCACGUUCACAAAGAGGUACCUGGAACUGAGCGGCUGCAGGAGCCCAACGCUUGUCAUCUGAGAUCAGUGGGUCUCCAGAAGAAGAAAACUGAGCCAGACAGCCUUGCAGGAAAAAGACCUAAAGAGGAGUGGUUCACUCAAGGUUUGGAGCUGCUGUACCAGCCGGAGGUGGUGCGGCUCUACCUCUCCCUUCUCACCUGCAGUCACAACCACAACACCCUGGAGGCAGCUGCAGGAGCACUGCAGAACCUCGCUGCAGGACAAUGGGCUUGGUCCAACUACAUUCGGGUGACGGUCAGAAAAGAGAAAGGGUUGCCUGUUCUGGUGGAGCUGCUGCGGUCAGACGUGGACAAAGUUGUGCGAGCCGUGGCCAUCGCUCUUCGCAACCUCGCCAUCGACAAACGGAAUAAAGAACUAAUUGCCAACUAUGCCCUGAGGGAGCUCGUUGGUAAUUUACCAUGUGGCCAACAGCACCCUGCAAAGAACCUGGAGGGUGACACGGUGGUGUCCAUCCUGAACACGAUUCAUGAGAUCAUCACGGACAGCCCUGAGAACGCUCGAGCACUUGUGCAGUGUCAAGCUGUGCAGAAGCUGGUGGCCAUCAACAAGUCGAGCCAAUCCACACGAGAGACCAAGGCAGCCUCCCAUGUCCUCCAGACGAUAUGGUCCUUCAAGGAGCUGAGGAACUCGCUCAUCAAGGCAGGAUGGAACAAGAGCCACUUUAAGCCAACAACCAGCGGAGCGGCAAAAAAAUCCAAGAGCGGAAAACAAGGCGGUGAUGACAUCACCUCACCUCUGAUGGACAAAAACCAAGAUGUUUACUCCACCUUAGAACCAAAUGGCAGAGCUGGAGAUGGAAAGGGACCUGCAGUGGAAAGAGACGCACUUCAGGCGACAAGUGAGAGGAAACACUUCAUCCGAGCUGGCAGGCCUGCAGUGGGCCUCAUGGACAACAAACCUCCGCCGCUGGACUCUUGGGUGUAGACUUCAGAGUCUGUCCAGUCAAAUCCCAUGAAGACACUUUACUUUGUUAAAAAAUCCAGAAUUAAAAGUAUCCGAUGGUUCUUGUACAGACAAAGAAACACCCUUGUUUACAGGACUUAAUGUGCCAAACACUUACAAAAACAUACAUUUAUGGAUUUAUCAUUUAGUGUACUAAACUGAGUGACUGGUUAUGUGUGACAAAUAGCCCAAAUAUGCAAACUGUGUUGAAAAUAUGAUCCCAAAGAAUAUAUGACAAGUUUAGGUUGAAGUUUGAAGUCGAGCUAGCAAGAUCUAAAGUGGCAUGUGGAUGUUUUAUGGUCCACCUCCAUAGUUCAGAUACUAAAAAACAUUUUUUUUUUAAUCUUUUCAGUAUCUGACACAUUAAGGAUAACAUAUCGACCUUUCCACCAAAAUAAUUUGGUAUUUGGUUUGUUCUCGAUAAAUCUAAGUAGAUUACAGAGUCUUUACUGCAUUUGUGUGAAAUUAAGAAAAAAAGAGUGUACAUGUGUAAGAAAAGACUGUUAAUAUCCAAAUUAAGGCAUUUAUAUUGUAAUGUUUAUUGUAAUAACCAUUAUAUUAAGAGUUAUUUAUGUGUAUUAGCCAAUACUGAUAAGUGAUGCAGUUCUGCUUUGCAAUGAUCCUUUUUGCAUUGCGAUGUUGAAUGAAAAUAAAUGCUUUGCAUAGUUUCUCAUUUU